GUUUCGCAGUGAAGACUGAAGGGAAAGGACAAAGGAGUGUGAAAAGGCGAGUAGAGGUCAUUUCAAGCAAUGAAUGCAGUAGUCGAGGGCAGCUCUUCUCCACCAUAGACACUAAAUCAAGGCCCACCGUCUCACAAUCAGACGCACAUGCUUCCAUCUCGUUCUCUAUAAAUGCCGCUGUCCUCAUUUCCCUCUCCAUCUCCUCACCCCCGCCUUCUUCUAGAAAUCUUUCCAUACUCAGGAAGAAGGAGAAGGAAAAGAUGAUGGUAGACGAAGAAACCGAUGCCAUCUCCAAUCACAACCCCCGAGUGGCUCUGAUCUCCGCCGGAGCGAGCCAUUCCGUCGCGCUUCUCUCUGGCAAUGCUAUUUGCUCAUGGGGGCGUGGAGAGGAUGGACAAUUGGGUCAUGGGGAUGCUGAAGAUAGACUUGUUCCAACACUAUUGACUGCACUGGAUGGCUGUGACAUAGUUUCCAUUACUUGUGGAGCUGAUCAUACGGCUGCAUAUUCUGAAUCUCAAAUGCAAGUCUUUAGUUGGGGAUGGGGUGACUUUGGAAGGCUAGGUCAUGGCAACUCUAGUGACUUGUUCACACCCCAACCGAUCAAAGCAUUGCAAGGCUUAAAGAUCAAGCAAAUUGCUUGUGGAGACAGCCAUUGUUUGGCGGUUACUAUGGAUGGGGAGGUGCAAAGUUGGGGGCGUAAUCAAAAUGGACAACUUGGUCUUGGUACCACUGAAGACUCUCUUGUGCCACAGAAAAUUCAAGCCUUCCAGGGCAUAGCUGUCAAAAUGAUUGCGGCUGGUGCUGAACAUACAGCUGCAGUUACAGAAGAUGGUGAUCUAUAUGGAUGGGGAUGGGGUCGGUAUGGAAAUUUGGGCUUAGGUGACAGAAAUGAUCGACUCUUGCCGGGGAAAGUUUCUGCUGUUGAAAAGAUGACACUGGUCGCAUGUGGGUGGCGGCAUACAAUAUCUGUUUCCUCUUCUGGGAGUUUGUACACCUAUGGAUGGAGCAAAUAUGGUCAACUAGGGCAUGGAGACUUUGAAGAUCACCUCAUUCCGCAACAGUUGGAGGCCCUAAGAAAUACUUCAGUCUCACAGAUAUCAGGUGGUUGGAGACACACUAUGGCAAUCACAUCUGAUGGAAAACUUUAUGGCUGGGGAUGGAAUAAGUUUGGACAGGUUGGUGUUGGUGACAAUGUUGACCACUGCUCUCCAGCACAAGUUAAAUUUUCACAUGAACAGAAAGUAGUGCAGAUCUCGUGCGGAUGGAGGCAUACACUUGCCGUUACUGAUAGACAAAAUGUCUUCUCAUGGGGUAGGGGUACAAGUGGCCAGCUCGGACAUGGGGAUUCCGUUGACCAAAAUAUUCCCAAGAUUGUAGAGGCUUUGAGCGCGGAUGGAUCUAGUGGCAAAAAGAUGGAAUCCUCAAAAGUCGAGUCUCUCUCAGGGAAAGUCUGGGUUUCUCCAUCAGAAAGAUACGCAAUUGUUCCUGAUGAAACUAUCAGCGGACAAUCAGGUUCUUCAGUUAAGGGUGUCGGGAGUGAUGUAAGUGUCCCAGAGAAUGAUGUGAAGCGGAUUCGAAUAUAGUUGCCAGACAGACAAGCACACCCUGCUUGCUGUUAAUCACCGAAGGGCUGCAUUUUGUACUGGAUUCUCUGCUCCACGAGGGCUAAUGGUGUUGUUACCCGUGACGCUUUGAUAUAUUCAAAUUAUCUCGCUCAUUGUAAAUCCACGACUUCCUCUAGAAUGGUGUCCGCUCUUUCCUUUUUAAAUUGUAAGAACAUGAAAAGCGUGUGAUCUUUUCAACCCUUGAAAUCUCCUAAUUACAUUUCCAAUGAA